AUGGGGGAACUUAGGAAAACAUUAUGGCAAUCACUCAGGGAUAUUGCACAGGGGAUCUCAACACCAUGGAUGAUAGCCGGUGAUUUUAAUGCCUUGCUAUAUGCACAGGAUAGGUUAUUGGGUAAUCCAGUUCAAUAUGCUGAAAUUAAGGACUUCUCCGGAUGCAUUACUGAUUUGUUACUAAAUGAACUACACUGGAGAGGAAACUACUAUACAUGGUCAAAUAAACAACAAGGUGGGGACAGAAUUUGUAGUAGACUGGAUAGGGCAUUUGGUAAUCUUGAAUGGAUGAUGAAAUGGGGUCAUGUCAUGGUUGAAUAUGAGCUGCCCAAUAUUUCUGAUCACUCACCUAUGGUCAUGGUUAUACAAGCUACUCAGAACACUAUUAAGAUCCCUUUUAGGUUCUUUAAUGUGUGGGCUGAACACAACCAAUUUCUUGCCAUCGUCGAAGCUACCUGGUGCAAGAAAACUAAUGCCAACAAAAUGCGGAACAUUUGGGCAAAAUUAAAAGAUCUAAAGCCAAAACUGAAGCAGCUAAAUAAUGCGGAGUAUCGCAAUAUUACGCAGAGAUUGGAUAAGGCAAGAUUUGAUCUGAUCAACAUACAAGGACAAAUCCAACUAUGUUACACAGAUAGCCUCCAGAAUCAGGAGAAAGCACUAUUGCAAGAACUAGAGAAAUGGUCCUUGAUAGAGGAGAGUAUAAUGCGACAGAAAUCUCGAGCAAGAUGGAUCAAGUUGGGAGACGCUAACACCAAGAACCUUAUGGGUACUUCAGCACUAUCCUUACCAGCCAUAAACAUGCAAGUCAUGAAGAGAGGACCGAUCUUAAAUCAGACCCAAAGACUGCGAUUGAUUACCGAGAUCACUGACAAAGAAAUCCUGGAUAGUCUCAAUGCUAUUGGGGACGAUAAAGCACCUGGAGUGGAUGGGUAUAAUGCAGUGUUUUUUUAA